AGACACGCGACGCCGCCGGAAGCGCCCUACCGGAGUCAGGGACGACAGGCCGCGGGGGAAAGAGCCCGCAGGCGCAACCGGAAACAGAGGGGCGAGCUUCCGCUCAAUUGCAUGACGCCACCGGAAGCGUCCUUACGCCCGUCGCGGAGAGGCCGAGGGAGCAGCAGUGCGCAGGCGCCUUCUUCCCCCCUCGGCCCAGGAAGCUUCCUCGCCGCACUCCGGCGCGCCACCGGCCAUGGCUUCGCGAGACGUGAUUGGUCCCGCGUUGCCUCCGGGCUUCACCCUUUCGUCCGCCGCCGCCGACGACGACGACCAGGAAAACACAAAGGAUUUCAAGAUGCUGCUGCUGAUGAAUUCUUUGGACCUGCUCUUCCACCUGGCUUUAAAAAACAAGAUGAUUCUCCACAGAGGCCUGCCAUAGGUCCUGCCUUGCCACCUGGCUUUAAAAAACCGCCUGAAGAGGGAGAAGAAAGCAGAUGUCCCCCAAGGUCUUCUGUGCCGUCUCCGGUCACAUCCCAGGGCAUUGACAGUAGUGAAGAGGAGGAGGCCAUAAUUGGCCCAGUGCCAGCCAAAGGACCAGUUGAAUCUAACAUAGCUGCAGACUUUGAGUGCCGAGCACGGAGAAUGAAAGAGAAACUUCUUGGUCACGAUGGUAAUGAAUCCAAAGCUGUCCAAAGAGAGUCUUGGAUGACAGAACUUCCACCAGAACUCAAACACUUUGGACUUGGUUCACGAACGUUUAAAAGAAGAGCUGAUGACAAAUCGGGAGAUAGAUCCAUUUGGACUGAUACUCCGGCUGACAGGGAACGAAAAUCCAAAGAAAAGCAAGAUGUGAAGAAAUUAGCGAAUAAAGAUGAUGGAGCAAUUGUGAUGUCAGGACGAGACAAGAAACUGGCUGAACAGGUGUCUUCAUACAAUGACUCCCAGAGGGCUGAAUCUCUUAUGGAUAUACACCGCAAAAAACUAAAGAGGAAAGCGGCUGAGGAAAAACAGACGGUCCCGGAGAGGAGGCCAUUUGACCGUGACCAGGACCUGCACGUCCAUCAGUUUGAUGAAGCACAGAAGAGAGCCCUCAUAAAACAGUCUAGAGACUUAAACACCAGAUUUUCCCACAGCAAAAGCAACAUGUUUCUGUAAUGUGAGUGCUGGAAGAUGCUGAAGUAUAGUUAUGUGCUGUUGAACAUUGUAUAGUGUUAUGUAAUAAAACAAGAUAAUCUUUGUAAAUAUUA